AUGGCCAGCAAACUCUCAUUACUUUUAUUUUCAAUUUUUAUUAUUACUUUUCACAUUCCGAAAUCUGUAGCUAUUGAAACAGAUGCAGAAAAUUCUGACAAUUGCAGACGAGUUAAAUCUGAUGAUUAUUUUAUUGAUUUUGCAUCAUAUCAGCAAAAUAUUAUUGUAGCUGAGGAUAAUUUCAGCUUAUUUUUAAAGGAAAGUUCUCAAAAUACUGGACAUCUGGCUUUAAUUAAACAUUUAGAAUCAGAAAACGUUGACUUAGAAGAAAUUCAGCUUGAAAAUUUUCCUGAAGGAGUAUCUUUUCAUCCUUCUGCUUUAUAUUUAGUUAAACCUGACCAGCUUUAUGUUUUGAAUUACAAUGCAAAUAAAAUGGAGACGAGAAUUGAAAUUUUUACAAUUGAUUCACAGUUUGCAAAAUAUCAUGGCUCGAUAUACUUUGACAGCUCGAUAAAUGGAUUUUUUAAUGAUUUUCUAAUAGAGUCUGAUCAUACACUUUAUAUUACAAAAUAUUUUAUUAAUGAAAAUCUGGCUGACUCAUACCCAAUUUCAAUAAAUAAUUAUAUUUCCUUAAUCCUCCAUCCUUGAUCGAAUAUUCAGUUAAAGUUUUCUUAAAAUUGGAAAAUUAAACCUAAUUUAUAAUCUAACUACCUUUAUUUGAUAGUGAUGAGUAUUAGAAAUUAUACGACAUAAUAGCUCAACGCAAUUCUAAUUUUAAUAAAAUUUAUUGCAUAUUUUAUCUCUUGUGGCUAGUACUUUAAUUAACGAUUUAAUUUAUUUUUUAAAAAUCCCAUCAUCAAUCUAUAGCGAUCAGUUCGAUAAAGAUUAGGGAGUUAGUCAAUUCUAAUCAUCUGCCAAAUAAUGUUAUGCAGCUUUACGAAUGCACAUUUUUUAAGCACUCUUAUUCUGAUUGCCAGCCAAUGAAUUUCACACUAUUUAAUUCUGUAAUUGGCAUCGUCAAAGACCAAUUUGACAAUUAUUAUUUUUCUUCUAAAGACGAUGAUGGUUCGUAUUUUUUGAAAAAAUUCACAAAAGAUAGCACAGGGAAUUUUAUUGAAAAAAACAAAAUCAAGACAAAAGAAAUUAUCGGGAAAAUCAAGUAUGAUGAAGAAAAUAGCAAACUUUAUUUAGCAGUUUCUCCAAAAAUAAUACACUUUUUUAAAAAUCUCCCUGGAGGAAUCGUCGAAAUUGACCCAAAUUCAGACAACAAAAAAUUAUCAACUUUAAUAAAAAAUCCCAGAAGCAUGAUAAGAAAAAAUAGCACAAUACUUAUUAGCUCUUAUUAUGAAGCAGGAGGAUAUGCUUGUAAUGUUUAA